CAUGCACUAGCAAGCUUGCCCCGCCUCCGCCGCUCUACCGUGGCUAUCGGGACCACCAAUAACGCCCGACCUAUCACGUGUGUCAGCGUACGGUAGAUCUCUACUCGGCCUUCGUUAACCUACUCGGCCGUCUUGCCGCGGGGUCGACAGAGACCGGGACCUGCUGUCUGAGCGUUUCCUAGACGCCCUACUUUGCCCUCGUCCGUAGCUACCGAGCAUGGCCGAAUAUAAGAAUGGCAACGUGCUCAGCCAAGCCGAACUCAACGCUCUUGCAAUGGCACCCACCAAAUACGUUGACCGCCCUGUGCCAACAAUCUCGCUUCGAGAUUUCGACAACCGCAUUGAUGUAAUUACUAAGGAACUAGUCGAUGCUGCAGAGAACGUUGGAUUCUUUUGCGUUGUCGACCACGGCAUAUCUCAUGAAGCUGUUGAUCAAAUCUUCGAUCAAUCUGCUCGCUUUUUCCGACAAGACGAGAGUGUCAAGGCACAGGUUCCGUUCUCUCCUCAGCACAAUGCUGGGUGGGAGCGAAACUCGCAAAUACGUCCUUCGACUGGUGUGGCCGAUCAAAAAGAGUCCUAUCAGAUGCAGUUUGGGGAGGGUAUGAAUGGUCGCUGGCUUGCGGAUGAGACACUUCCAGGCUUCCGUCAGGAAUCUCUCAGUUUCAUGCAUAAAGUGCAAUCUGUCAGCGAGAAGCUCAUGGUCUGCUUCGCACGUGGUCUAGGCUUCGAGGAUGACUACUUCGUCAAAGCACACGACAUCUCGCGUCCUGACUCGCAAACAGUGUGCCGGUUACUUCAUUACCGUGAGUUACCGCAGCUGCCGAACGCGAAUGGCGAGAUCUUCCACCGAGCCGGAGCACAUGCAGACUGGGGCAUGUUGACCAUGCUCUUCCAAAAGGCCGGCCAAUCUGGCCUUGAGAUAUGCCCUGGCCGCGAGCUUUCUACAUCAUUCGGAUACGGGGAUUCCUGGACGAAGGUAGAGCCCGAUGCCGAGAAGAACGCGAUUGUCUGCAACGUAGGCGAUCUGCUCAUGUCGUGGUCAGACGAUCGCUUCAAGUCCACAUUCCAUCGCGUGAAAGCGCCAUGCGAGCCUGGCGACUUCUACGGUGAGCGCUACAGCAUAGCCUUCUUCAAUCAGCCGUCUCGAGACACGAAGAUCCAAGGCCCAUUGAAGAAGUAUCCUUUGGUCACCGGUGAAGAGUUCACAAGAAACGCAAUGGCACGCAACUUCAAAACCUUGCAAGAGAAGCUUCGCAAGGAUGAAGAGACCAAAGCACAGCCAACAAUCUCGAACUUGACUGCCACUGCACAGGUCAGUGCAUCAGCUUAGAUAAAGUUGACACGUUUUCAUCUUGAGUUUUUUAGCCUACAGCAUAUCGUUAAACGAAGAAAUCGUUGUGUCCCUAAAAGUACCUCCACCCAAAAUUGCAAUCAACUAUGCUUGUCUCAGACCUCAAAAGCCACCAACAUCUUGCGGUCCUGAACUUCUUCCCAGACCUCUUUGUACACCACAACAGGAAUCUCUCGAUUGUGC